AUGAAACAAUCGGUGUUACAAACACUGCUCGAGCCUGCCACAGCGACCACAGUGCACGGUAAGAGGCAGCAGAAAGCACGGCCAACAUGCACCAACAACCGGCGCGACGGACGGGCCCUGCUGGCACAGGAGAAGUGCGGCCGGAUGCCGGUGCUGGUCGGGGCCCUCGUGUUCUGCGUCACCGUGUACCUCUACUUCACGACCACCACGUGGAACGACACGACGCAGAUGAUCGUCACCAUCCCGGCGGACGAUGUCGAUCUUCCCGGCCCGAAAGAUCAAAUUGCAACAAAAUGCACUACCAAGCAGCAAAUGCAACAUCCCGCCGCGCGUCCGAGCGCAACCGAACCGCAACUCACCCAAACCAAUACCAAUCAAAUCAUUCCAAUCGUUCCCCAAACCAACGCCACCCGAACCGAUGUCACCGCCAUCCCCACCAACACCACCAACACCGUCGUCGUCGUCGCUUGUCCCGACGAUCACGGAUCGGACCAUUACGGGCCCUGCUCCGCGAACCUCUCGCACCCCGUUACCACCGCACAUCCGAACGCACCAGUUCCGAAGGGUUUCCUCGUGUGGGGACCGGGCUGCCAGAUCAUGGAUCUGGACCCGCUGGCCAACGAUGUGAUGCGGCUGUUCAGCAAGGAGCGGUUCGAGCCAUGCAGCCCGAAGCAGCCGCUCACCACGAUCGAGCAGAACUUCGACAACGACACGGUGCUGGUGCGGUUCCACCGCGAGCUGGUUGAGUCGUACAUGCCGCACUACAUGCGCUACUUCCGCUGCUGCUAUCAGAGCAUCGAGCGCUCCGGGACGAAGGAUAAGGCGGACAAAAACUUCUGGGUUGGGGAGUGCAUCGCGUUCAACCAAUCGUUCCUACUGCCACCGUCCGUGCGCACCGGCAUUCUGAUACGCUGCAAGGCGGGCGUAUCGGAGGCAAGCAAGACGAAGAAGGCCAUCUACACCAACACCCACGCCCUGGUGCGCCCCCUGGCGGAGGUGCAGGAGCGAAUGGACAAGUUUAAGGGCCGCACGGAAAAGCGACCGCUCAGCGUGCUCAUGAUCGGUAUCGAUAGUAUUUCAAGACUGAAUCUCAUCCGCGCGAUGCCCCACACGGCACAGCAUCUCUACGAUACCGGGUGGUUCGAGCUCAAGGGAUACAAUAAGAUCGACGAUAACACCUACCCGAAUCUGAUGGCCAUCCUGACCGGGUACAACAAUUCGCUCGCCUACUCGAUAUGCAACCCGAAGAAGGUGGGCCAGCUGGAAGAGUGCCCGUUCAUGUGGAAGUACUUCGCCGACAAUGGGUACGCGACGGCGUACGCGGAGGACGAGGCUAGCAUCAACACGUUCAACUACCACAAGUACGGCUUCGUGGCUCAACCGACCGACCACUACUUCCGUCCGGUGGCGCUGGCGGCCGAGAAAAACCUCUCGAAGAAGAUGAAAAACUCGCUGACGUUCUGCCUCGGCUAUCAGCACUACGCCGACCACAUCUACCAGUACGCGCUCGACUUUGCGUCCCAGUACCGGAACGAGCCGUACUUCGGGCUGUUCUGGACGAACACGUUCAGCCACAACGACAUCAGCGACCCGUCGUCGAUGGACCAGCGCAUGAAGUACUACCUCGACCAGCUGGACGAGCGGGGCAUCCUGAACAGCAGCAUGGUGGUGUUCUUCAGCGACCACGGGCUUCGCUUCGGCCCGGUCCGGAUGCUGCUGACGGGUUGGCUCGAGGAGCGACUACCGUUCAACUUCCUCUGGCUACCGGAGUGGUUCCGCGAGGAGCACCCGGAGAUUGUGCAAGCGCUGAAGAUCAACCGCAACCGGCUGACGAAUCCGUACGAUCUGCACGCCACGCUCAAGCACGUCCUGGAGCUGUCCGGCCGCAUCGAAACCCUUCCGGGUCCGCUGAGCUGCCCCAACUGUCAGAGCAUAUUCACCGAGGUGCCCUGGAACCGGUCGUGCGAGGAGACGGCGAUCGAGUCGCACUGGUGCACCUGCUCCAACUUUCAACCGAUCGACAAACGAUCGGUCAUGGUGCGGCGGGCGGUUGCCUUCGUGUUCGAUUACGUCAACCGUGACCUGCAGGAGCAUCGGAACAGCACCACGAGCGGCUACGUGUGCGCCAAGCUGACGCUCGGUUCGAUCACGCUCGCCAAGAUGGCCCGAGAGCCGAAGGGCAAGCUGCCGUACAACGACUAUCUGCUCAUAUUCGAGGGCAAACCGGGCGGCGGGAAGUUUGAGUCGACCGUGCGCCACUAUCAGCACCGGGAUGCGUUCGAGAUUACGGGAUCCAUCAGCCGGCUGAACGAGUACGCCAGCCAGAGCGAGUGUAUGCACAUCGAUUACCUGCGCAAGUACUGCUACUGCCAGCGAUCGUAGAUCCACCGUAACGCAAAUGUCCUUUUUCACCGAUUCCAUUCGGCCACCUGCAAUCCAACCAAAGGGACAAUAAUAGGAGCACAGUUAUGACUUUGCCACGGUUAGCUAAAGCUUAAGUAAAAACAAAAGAGCGACAACGACAA